AGUGAGGCUGUGGCUUGUGUUUUUGUGUUUUUGUGCGGACUGGAAACCAAAGUAAAGUAAACGGGGGAGGGUCGGCCACUGCUGCUGAAGUGAGUGAGUGAGUGAGUGAGAGAGAGAGAGAGAGCAAGAGAGGGGGGCCGGCUUUUAAACGAGUUACAAUGCGUCUUUCACGGUGUUGAGCGGUCUGUCGGUGAACGAUGAGCCAACUUCGCCGGUCGUCUCGAAGCGAUAUGAGCCACUCUUGAGCCCCGUGGAAAACCCAUCUUCUCGGCGGGGGGGGGAGAGCGAGCAUGAAGAAGCCGAGCGCCCUGCUCUGUGUCGCCGGCUUGACUGGGAAAUGGUAGCGUGCUGCAGGAACCGCACUGGGAAGGACCAUGGUCGAGAGGAGCAGCAAAUUCUUGUUGAUCGUCGUCGGAUCCGUGUGUUUCAUGCUGAUUCUCUAUCAGUACGUGGCCCCCGGGGUGAUCAAUUUCGGCUCCCCGCACGGUUAUUUCACGGAGGAGGACGAGGGGGACAUCUUCCCAACUCCGGACCCCCACUACGUUAAGAAAUACUACUUCCCGGUCAGGGACUUGGAGAGGACGAUCGAUUUUCAAAUCAAAGGGGAGGACGUGAUCGUGUUUUUGCACAUCCAGAAAACCGGGGGAACUACCUUCGGCAGGCACCUGGUCCAAAAUGUCCGUCUGGAGGUUCCUUGCGACUGCAGACCGGGCCAGAAGAAGUGUACCUGCUACCGGCCGAACCGCAAGGAAACCUGGCUCUUCUCCCGGUUCUCCACCGGCUGGAGCUGCGGCUUGCACGCCGACUGGACCGAGCUGACCAACUGUGUGCCCGGUGUGCUCAACAAGAAAGAGAACAAGCAGAAGAAUCAAAGGAAGUUCUACUACAUCACUCUGCUGAGGGACCCGGUGUCUCGCUACCUCAGCGAGUGGAGGCACGUCCAGCGGGGAGCCACAUGGAAAACCUCCCUUCACAUGUGCGAUGGACGAACUCCGACGCCCGAGGAGCUGCCCUCCUGUUACGAGGGAUCUGAUUGGUCGGGGUGCACCCUGCAGCAGUUCAUGGACUGCCCCUACAACCUGGCCAACAACAGACAGGUACGCAUGUUAGCAGACCUGAGUCUCGUCGGCUGCUACAACAUGUCCACAGUUCCAGAGAAGAAGAGGGCCCAGCUUCUCCUGGAGUCGGCCAAGAAGAACCUACGAGACAUGGCCUUCUUUGGGCUGACAGAGUACCAGAGGAAAACCCAGUUCCUGUUUGAACGGACCUUCAGGUUGCGCUUCAUCAGGCCCUUCAUGCAGUACAACAGCACCCGAGCUGCAGGGGUGGACCUGGACAAUGCGACGGUCCAGCGCAUAGAGGAGCUGAACGAGCUGGACAUGGAGCUGUACGACUACGCCAGGGACCUGUUCCAGCAGCGCUACCAAUUCACCAGGCAACAGGAAAGGCGGCAGCAGCGCAUCAAGAACCACAUGCAGCAAAACCACCAGGGUCUGGGCCUUGGCGUCAACCUGUGGCCCUCCCGCAGCAGGCAGAGCGCCGUCAUGACACUGGAGGACGGAGAAGGAGAAAGGGAGGAGGGUGAGGAGGGAGGCAGAACGGAGGAGGCGGGCAGCAGGCUCCCCACUGAGGACUACAUGAACCAGAUCAUCAACCGCUGGUAGCGGCAGAAUGAGAACAAACGCACAGACAUGCAUAUGUAAUGUGAAAAACACACACACACACAUUUACACAGAAAGUGGCGCCUGCAUCAAAGACCCCAAUAACUGACAAACAGACAUUACCACAGAGUUGGGCUGGAAUGAGGGUCCAAGUGGUUGCUAUGGAGACCUGGGCUUGGUCCAUUGCAUCAGCUCAUGUUAUUGAGGUUUGCCCAGUUGUUAUUAGCACCCGCUUGGCCUUUCCCCCCCCCUCUGAGUUUCUCCAUCUCUCCCAUCAUCAUUAUUGACUGAGCUGAGGAGAGAUAGAGUUGCUGACAACUGAGUAUCUCAUCCACCCCUGCCCCCCUCCCUUUCCCACACCUUCCUCCUCCUCGUGUAUUCCUCUCGUUCUCUGUGGCCUGAUAUGGAGCAUGAGAAAAUAAAAUUAAGUCUGUGAAUUCCCAUUAAUCCUCGCUAAGGACCAGUCUACUUCCUGGACGCAGUGCUCCAAUUUCAAAGGAACUGGAAAAAGCUAUGAAAGUAUGCUAAUGGCUGAAGCUGAACAAAGGAGAAGGUGGGAGUACAUGAAAGACUGUUCCUAAAAGGAAGAGCGAAAGAAGCGGAGAAAAGUUGGACUGAGUUCUGUAAUAAAGCUUUCUGCUUAAAAAAAAAAAAAAAAAAAAAAUCACCCAUGAACAUGCUUUGGUCAUGAUAUAGUGACAGACAGUCUCAUUCUAGGAUGAUUUUAUUUGUAUUUUUCCUUUUUUGUGUUUAUGCUUUUUUAAAAGCAGAAUUGUAAUAACACUGAGACCAAUUAUGCUGCCUAAAGAAAAGUGAUUCCUUUAUUUCUUUAUUUUUGUUUGUUUUAUAAGUCAAAGCUAAUGGAUUGGAUUGACGUACUAUGGACCAUAGCCAUUACUAAAGCCUUGCAUCUUGGAAAGAAAAAGUGGCCUGUUUCUCUGUUAAAGGUUCCCAAAGCUCCUGUCGCUUAACGAGUUCAUUAUUUCUCCUUUUCUCUCCUUUUUUUGUGCGUGUGCGUGCGUGUAUGUAUGUGUGUGUGUGUGUGUGUGUGUGUGUUUCAGUCCUGCAGAGAAUGACAGCCAAUUACAGAGCCCGAAUCUCACAUACUGUACGUGUGAAGAAAUCAAAGGCAGGGAGAGGAGGGAGAGGAGUGAGUGUGCUGCAGGUUGUUGCCAAGAACCGUGCUGUGUGAGCGGCAAGCGCUUUGGAAGCCUUAACUCAGACAAAUGCUCGAGAUGGGAGUUGUGGAACUACCGGUCACCAUGGCAAUGUGAGCCCUUAAUGUAGUGGGUGGCAUUUUCAGUUGCUCGUUUUUUCUCGUGUUUUUUUGUUUUGUUUUAUUUUUUGUUUUUUUUACUCUGACCAGGAGCUGCGUUGUAAAAAGCAGCGGUCUCAAAAAAGCCUCUGUCCCACUUGCUGAAAGGGCACACACUGCGCUGGUGACCUGCAGUUCGUCAGUGUGACCGGUAUUUCACUUGGUUUUACCCUGAAGGACGGACGGGGCGAGGUAGCAGUGCCUCUAUGUACUGGGAUCAUAGUCAACAUUAUUAUUGCCAGAUAAUAUGUCUGCAUUAUACUACAGUAAUUUCUCUGACUACUCAUGUGUCUGUGUGUAUGACUGUGUUUCAGUAUGUGUGUAAAUAGUAUGUACAGUAUGCCUCUGAUUGGCAUUUGUGUAUGCCUUUGUAAAUAGUGUGCCUGACUGUGAGAGGAUGCCUGAUGAGUUUUUUUUUUUUGAAUGACUGGUUCCAUGACCAAUAAUAACUUGCCAUUUUUAUGGUGGUGGAGGGCAGGGCAAAAAAAAAAAAAAAGACAUAAA